CUCGGCUACCACAGUCCGGCUGUGCUUCUCGAAGGUGACCUAUCGCACUUGUCGUGCUUUUCGGUGGUGAUAGUUUCGUGCGUGACCAAACUGUGUGAAUUAUCUGCGCGGUUAGUGAAAGUAGCUAGCGAGUCCCGGCGGUUAAAAUGUGCGAACGUGGUUCCCAGUGUUACAAGCGGUACCAGGAGUGGGAAAACAACGAGGAAAUUCAGAUUUUUCGCGAGUACCUACGUAUUCCGACGGUGCAUCCCGAUGUGGACUAUGAUCAGUGCGUCGAAUUUCUGAAGCGACAAGCGGAGGGUCUGCAGCUACCGGUGCAGGUGAUCGAGGUGAACCCGGGCAAACCGAUCGUGAUCAUAACAUGGGAAGGUACAGACCCCACGGAGAAGUCCAUCAUCCUAAACUCACACACGGACGUGGUUCCGGUGUACGCCGAACGUUGGUCCCAUCCACCGUUCGCGGCCGAUAUGGACAGCGAGGGAAGGAUCUAUGCGCGUGGCGCCCAGGAUAUGAAGUGCGUAGGGAUGCAAUUUUUGGCAGCGAUUCGGGCGCUUAAACGGGAUGGAAUUCGUUUGAAGCGAACGAUUCAUGCAACGUUCGUACCGGACGAGGAAAUCGGCGGUAAGCUGGGUAUGAAGGAAUGGGUUCACAAGGAAAGUUUCAAACAGUUGAACUGCGGGUUCGCGAUCGACGAGGGAAUUGCGGGUCCCGGGGAGGAGUACCCGCUGUUCUAUGGUGAACGGAGUGUUUGGCAUGUGCUAUUCCACAUUUCGGGAACUCCUGGGCAUGGAUCGCUUCUGCUGAAGGACACUGCCGGGCAGAAAGCUCGUUACAUAAUUGAUAAACUGAUGGAUAUGCGGGAACGGGAAGUGAAAAAGUUGGAAGACAAUCCGGAACUCACGAUCGGAGAUGUGACGACCAUUAACAUCACCAUGAUGUCGGGUGGAGUACAAAGCAACGUAGUUCCGCCGGAGCUGAUGAUCUGCUUCGACGUCCGUGUAGCCAUUGACGUCAAGCAUUUGGAACUCGAGAAUCAACUGCUGGACUGGUGUCGUGAAGCCGGCGGUGGCAUUGAGCUAGAGUACGACCAGAAGUGCCCCUUCGUAAAACCAACGAAACUUGACGGAUCCAACCCGUACUGGGUAGCCUUCAAGGACGCUCUGGACGAACUGGGCCUCAAAGUAAAACCACAAAUUUUCCCCGGUGGAACCGACAGUCGAUACAUUCGAGGAAUCGGAAUCCCUGCGAUUGGAUUUUCCCCCAUGAACAACACGCCGGUGCUGCUGCACGAUAACGACGAGUUCCUACAUGUGGACACCUACUUGAAGGGUAUUGAAGUGUACAAGAAAAUUAUCACCAACGUUGCCAAUUGUUAGUUAUUCUCAAAUUUUAAUAAAACUGUUUUACCAGAAAA